GUCAAUUUGUGAAAUUCUAUAAAAGAAGACUAAAUUAGCUGGAGAUGCAUAGAAAGUUGAGAACAAUGAGAGGAUUAACAGUAGUCGGAUUACUGGCAGUGGGUGUUGCACUGGCAAAUGCAUAUGGAGCUGGUGUAGGCUCGAUUGGAGGCUCCCUUGCGGGAGCGAGUGCCAGUGCAAGUGCCAAUGCAGCUGCAUCGGGGGGUGGUAAAGCUGGGGCCCUUAGCAGUGCAAGCGCCUCAGCUGGUGCCUCUGCCGGAGGUAUUGGCGGCGGUGUGGGUGGCAGCCAUGGUUCUGCCGGAGCGUCCGGUUCGGCUGGUGUUGCCGGAGGUUAUGGUUCCGCAAGUAGUGGUGCAAGUGCCAGUGCUGGUUCGGCCGCAGGCGCCGGAGGUGGUCAUGGCGGUGGAGCUGGACUUGGUGGCGGAAUCGGAGGAGGAGCAGGAAUUGGUGGCGGAGCUGGCAUCGGUGGAGGUCAUGGUUCCGCUGGUGGUUAUGGUGGCGGUUCCGGCUCUGGUGCCGGUCUCGGAUCUGGUGCUGGAAUUGGAGCUGGUAUAGGUGGUCUUGGCGGUGGUCAUGGAUCUGGAGGUGGAGCUGGUGCUGGUCAUGGUGCAGGAUCAGGUGUUGGUGGUGGUUAUGGCGCUGGUUCGGGCUCUGGCGUUGGUGGAGGUCUUGCCGGUGGACAUGGUUCUGCUUCAGCUGGUGGAUCAGGUUCCGGUUACGGUUCUGGUUCUGGUGCUGGAUCUGUCCUAGGUGGCGGUCUUGGUGCUGGUGUUGGAGGAGGACAUGGUGCUGGAGCUGGCCUAGGUGGCGGUCAUGGUGCUGGUAUUGGUGGAGGUUCAGGAUCUGGUUAUGGUUCUGGAUCAGGAUCUGGUGUUGGUGCCGGUAUAGGUGGCGGUCUUGGAGCUGGUGUUGGAGGAGGACAUGGUGCUGGAGCUGGCCUUGGCGGCGGUCUUGAUGCUGGCAUUGGAGGAGGACAUGGCGCUGGUGUUGGAGGAGGUCAUGGUGCUGGUGCCGGUUCCGGAUCAGGUUCUGGAGCAGGCUAUGGCUCCGGUGCUGGAAUUGGUGGCGGUGCCGGUCAUGGUGGUGCUGGUGGAAUCGGCGGUGGAUUGGGUGGCGGAUCGGGAGGUGGUUAUGCCGGUGGUAGUGCCAGUGCAGGUUCCGGAGCUUCUGUCGGUGUUGGCGGUGGUCAUGGAGCAGGAGCUGGUGGCGGUCAUGGUGCUGGUAUUGGUGGCGGCAUUGGUGGAGGUAAAGGCUCCGCUGGUGGUUAUGGUUCCGCUGGUGGUAUUGGUGGAGGCGUUGGUGGUGGACAUGGAAAAGGUGUUGGAGCAGGAAUCGGUGGAGGCAUUGGUGGCGGAAAAGGCAUUGGAGGUGGAAUCGGUGGUGGCGUUGGAGGCGGAAAAGGUGUUGGAUUAGGACUUGGUGGAGGCAUUGGACAUGGCGCUGCCAUUGGUGCAGGCAUUGGUGGAGCAAUUGGUAAAGGUGUAGGUGGUGCAGCUGGACUUGCCGGUGGUGCAGCACAUGCCAUCGCUUCUUCAUUAGCAUCGGCUAUUACUACCGCCAAGGGUGGCUACGGCGCCGGUGGCUUAACUGGUGCCGGUGGUCUUUCCGGUUCUCAUGGCGCUGGUGGUGCUAACGGCGCACAUGCUUCGGCCUCAUCUUCAGCUUCUGCUUCCGCCGGUGCUAAAGGCGGCUAUGGAGCUGGUGGACUCGGUGGUGGACAAAAAGGCAUCGCCGUAGGUUAUGGCAAAUAAAAAGAAUACGAUAAGCCAAAAAUAAUUGUGGACCUGCCAUUUUUUGUAAAUAAAGGUUUUCCAUUUCCACCAAAAACCAUGGCCUUUUAAUUAAAAAUAUUUCUUCCUUUCUUUGCUCAUUCUAUACCGCAUUUUCGAGUUUCAAGUAUUUUUCAUUAUUAAAUAUCCAUCACUUAUAGGGCAACAACAUAUUGUUAAAAAUAACACCAUGCCGUCAUUCAACAAUGAAAUAAAGUUCUGGUAAUUUUGUGGCCAAAAAAAUGUCAUCUAUAAAA